AUGCUUUCUACUAGUUUAGUCAGUGUUAUUCUUGAUGAUUCCGAUUCAGAUGAUGAUUUGGAGAUGACAAUAUCUGCCAUAGGAGAGUUGCUUAAUAAAAGAAGGAGGACAUCACUACAUCGUGGUUCAGUUUAUGGUCAUGCCUAUAUAUGGCGUGAUAGAGUUCAUGGGCAUCACAAGCUUUUUCAUGACUACUUUGGAGAAAAUCCCAUGUAUUCUCCAAAUUUAUUUCGAAGGAGGUUUAGAAUGAGUCAAUCUCUUUUUCUUCGUAUUCAAUCUGCUGUAGAAGCUCAUGACCUAUAUUUUGUUCAAAAAAGGGAUGCUGUUGGAUUUUUAGGUUUGUCUUCUCUCCAAAAGAUCACUGCUGCAUUAAGGAUGCUUGCAUAUGGAGUUGCAGCAGAUUAUAUUGAUGAAUAUGUAAGGAUUGGUGAAAGCACUGCAGUUGAAAUUGCUUGGAAGGGGAUGUAUGUUGCCCAUGUUCAUGAACCAACUAUAGUUCUUGAAGCUAUAGCUUCAUAUGAUCUUUGGAUAUGGCAUGCAUUCUUUGGACUACCAGGAUCACAUAAUGACAUAAAUGUUUUAGAGCGAUCUUUUUUAUUUAUAGAACUUGCUGAAGGACGAGCUCCACCAGCUAACUAUUCAAUCAAUGGUCAUGACUAUACAAUGGGAUACUACUUUGCUAAUGGUAUAUAUCCUUCAUGGUCAACAUUUGUGAAAACAAUUCCAUUUCCACAAAGUCAUAAACACAAACAAUUUGCUACAGCUCAAGAGUUAGCAAGAAAAGAUGUUGAAUGA